AUGGCCGCCACCUUUUCCCUCUUCUCGCCCUCGGAGCUCUCGUUCGCCCAGGUCCCGCUCGCCCACUCGGCCGCAACCUCGAACCCGCUCGACGACCCACCGCUCCGCCUCGACGGCCGCACCCCGCUCCAGUACCGCGACAUCGUCCUCGAGACCAACGUCUCGCACGCCCAGGGCGCCCUCGGCAGCGCGCGAGUCUCGCUCGACGACGCGGCCGGGUCGGGAGGCGGCGGCACGACCGAGGUCUACGCCGGCGUGAGGGGCGAGAUCGAGUCGAUGGAGGCCGGCAGCGCAGGUGGCAGGGUCGUCGUCAGCCUCGAAUGUGCCCCGACAGCGCUUCCCGCACUCAAGCCCGACCUCCCUCAGCACCUCGCCUCGCUCCUCACCACCCUCUUCUCGCCCUCGGCCCUCCCACCCUCCCUCCUCUCCCAGCUCGUCGUCCUCCCCGGCUCAAAGUCGUGGACGCUCUACCUCGACGUCCUCGUCCUGUCGGCCUCGGGCGGCAACGCGUCCGACGCGGCGCUCCUCGCCGCGCGCGCCGCACUCGCGAGCACGCGCCUCCCGCCGACGCGCAGCAUCGGGUUCGACGACGCGGGCGAGGCGACCGAGGGCAAGGACGGCAUGACGGUCGACGAGGGCUUCAGCGGCUUGGUCAAGGGCGGCAAGAGCGGCGUCAAGGCGGUCGACUUUGAGCUCGUCGACGGCGGCGAGCGAGGGGUGCGCCUCGCUGGGUGGGAGGACCUUCCCGUCGGCUUGACGCUCAACCUCAUCAACCAGCUCCCGCACCUCGACGCGACCGUCCUCGAGGAGGCCGCCUCGUCGUCGCAGCUCCUCGCAGGCUUCACGCCCUCGGGCGCCGUGUGCGGCCUCGUCCAGCUCGGCGAGGGCGAGGUCGAGUUUGCGCGUGUCAUGCCCCUCGUCUCGGAGGCGGGCAAGUACGCGCAGGAGCUGUUGCGGACUGUCAAUGCCAAGCUGCGCGACGCCUGAAGGCGCUCGCAUCUUUCCUCGCG